AAAUACAUACACAAAUACACAAACAAACCCCAUAUAACUCGGUUUCCUCUCAACAAUGCUUUGAAACCGACCCAAUUGAUUACAGAAAAUAAUUCUGCAAUAAUUUCUAAAAACUAUCAAUACACAUAUUUAUAGAGAUAAUUUAGUAACCGAUAGAAACUUCCCAACCUUAACUGCAGAAUUAAAAACUUCCAAAUAACCGAUUGAAACUGCUCUUGAAUCACAUAUCUAACAGGGUCACUUAGGGUUGCUUUAGGUUUUAGGGACUGUGUAUUAAGGGAAUAUUUGUAGUUGUUAAAUAAAUGCAUGGGAGAAAGAAAAGAGGGGAAGGGGACAAAAUGGGCAAACAUUGAGUUGAUAUUAUUAUUUGAGAUGAAAGGUCACAGUCAUUCUUUUUGAGGGCUCUCGUCCUGUUUAUUGCUUAUUGUUAUUAUUACUCUCUUGUCUUUUGCCCUUCUUCUCCAAUCCCCACUCACUCCCCUCUCACUGUGUUGCCCUUUUUAUUUGUUUUGGCUCCCUGAAAUCUUCUCUCCAUCUCUUUCUCGAUUCCUCUUAAGAAAUUAGGGUUUCCCCUUGUUUGAGGAUAACCCUAAUCCCUCAAUAUCUAUAUCGAUCCUUUUUGCGGUUUCGUUGGCUAAGGGUUGAAGCCUAUACUCUACACGCUUUGGAAGCAAAAUUCAAAGGGUAAAAAGCCCUUGAAAGAGGGAGAAAGCUAUACUUAGAUCGUCAAAGAACCUAGAUCUAAAGGCAGAAAAUCAAGAGAAAAACCUAAGGGAAAUGGCAUCGUCGUCGAGCUCAUACAACUCACCUUGCGCGGCGUGCAAGUUCCUCCGCCGGAAAUGCAUGCCGGGAUGCAUAUUCGCGCCUUAUUUUCCGCCGGAGGAGCCUCAGAAGUUCGCCAACGUCCACAAGAUCUUCGGGGCGAGCAACGUGACGAAGCUCCUGAACGAGCUCCUCCCUCACCAGAGAGAGGACGCCGUCAACUCUCUCGCCUACGAGGCCGAGGCUCGGGUCCGGGACCCGGUCUACGGCUGCGUAGGAGCCAUCUCCUACCUGCAGCGACAGGUCCACAGGCUCCAGAAGGAGCUCGACGCCGCCAACGCCGACUUGGCACGUUACGGCCUCUCCGGGUCCGGCGAGGUGGACCUCGUCUUUCAGCCUCAGCCGCCGCCGCCUCCGGCGCAACCGCAGGGGGCGUAUAGGAUGCCUCUAGGGGCAAAUCCGGUAAUUCGCCCUGGAGGAGGAAGGGGUUUAGGGUAUGAUAAUCAUCAGCCUUUUGGACCUUCUCUUCCUUGGAACGAUGAAGAAGGAGGACAAGGAGGCAACAUGUGAGAGAUUCCGAGGGAGUUGUUGUCGUAUAUAUGACGCUUCAUAUCUCCCGUUUUAUGUUAUCGUGAGUUUGUGGUUUCAAGACCGGAGUUCAUGCGGUUUGAGUUUGCUAUAUGUGUGUGUAUGUAUCGUAAGGGUGCUAUAUAUAUAUAUAUAUAUAUAUAUUUGUUGUGUCGGACAUAUUAUUCAAUGUUGGUGAAUUCUGUUGAUGUCACUUGUGUUGACUGUUCUUU